AGCAACAAGUAUUGGCGAGCUGCUACUCUCAUGCGCAACGUAGUUAGCUGGUGUGGAGCUUCGCGUCUAGAUAGCAACGCGUUUUUAUUCCGUAAAUAUCACAAGUUUGCUCAGUUGUCGACCGUAAUUUAACUCAACCUGCCGUUUCGAAGGGGGAACAUUAGCGUUGAGCAUUAAUUCGCUGUUUGCCAUUAACGGGCGGCGGCGCAAGGAGGUUUAUUUUCUCCGCGGAAAGUGGCUAGCCUUUAGCUAAGUAACGUUAACAUCAGAGCGUUUCCUCUCUACGGAGACGAGCAGAGGGAGGUUGGAGAUACCGGGAUGCGAUUGUUCGUUAGCUGGCCGGUUAGCCUUUCUAAUGUUGGCGGACACUGGAUGAGCUGAAACGUUAUAUAACAGUGGAAAAUACCCAUACAGAGUGGAACUGAGGAAGCCAACCAGACAUCACCAUCAUGUUGGAGGAGGACAUGGAAGUGGCCAUCAAGGUGGUCGUGGUCGGCAAUGGAGCUGUCGGCAAGUCCAGUAUGAUCCAACGCUACUGCAAGGGCAUCUUCACUAAGGACUACAAAAAGACCAUUGGAGUGGAUUUUCUGGAAAGGCAGAUAGUUGUAAAUGAUGAAGAGAUACGACUAAUGCUGUGGGACACCGCUGGGCAGGAGGAGUUUGACGCUAUCACCAAGGCCUACUACCGCGGGGCCCAGGCGUGUGUUCUAGUUUUCUCUACCACAGACAGGGAUUCAUUUCAGGCUAUCGACAGCUGGAGGGAGAAGGUGGAGGCAGAGGUGGGAGAUAUUCCUACAGUUCUAGUGCAGAACAAAAUUGACCUCCUUGAGGAAACUGUAAUAAAAAACGAGGAGGCUGAAGGUUUGGCAAAAAGGCUGAAGCUGAGAUUUUAUCGAGCGUCAGUGAAAGAGGAUCUUAAUGUCAACGAAGUUUUUAAAUACUUGGCUGAGAAGUAUCUCCAGAGACUCAAACAGCAAACAGCAGAGGAGACAGAGGUAGUGCAUACAACAAGCAAUAAAAUAGGUGUUUUUAAUACAAGUAGUAAUGUCUGCAACCAGAGCUCCAGCAACGGCAGAGAGGUGAUCACUCUGCGACCAAACAAACAAAGGACCAAGAAGAGUAAAAAUCCUUUUGGAAGCUGCAGUCUUGUCUAAAUGAAGCUCCACUCAUUUUAGUGAGACUAGUUUGGUCUUUGUUGUACUCUGUCCAUGGGGCCACAUUGAUUGACCAAAGCCCACACAGACUGGGAAACACUCUUCUAAUGCUACCUUAAUAAACUCAACUCUAAUCCAAAUCCAUUUCCCAGUAUUGCUGGUUGAAUUUUCUUCGCUUUAACCGCGAUCUGAGCACAAAAAAAGCAUGUCAAUGUUUGUACACUCCUGAGUCCUCCUUGUGGUAGCCUGAGGUAACAGCAACAACUGCGUAUAACACCCAUGUAUAUUCUGUAAUGGAUGAAAUGACACCUCACAAAAAAAAAAUAUUUUUACACUACUCUAUUUCUGUUUGAACAUUUCAGCUGUGUAAUAUGUCUGCAUGUAUUUCAGAAGAUACUCACAUUAUUUUGUACCAUAUUUUUUCAAACUUUAAAAAGAAUAUGGUUCAAACUAUGCUGUGUACACUAUCGAACCCAGAGUAUAUUCUCUGUGCAAAAGUAUUUUUGUACAAAUCACAACAGUGUUGAGUGAUUAUUAUUUUCUCUCAAGUGUUGACAUAGUGCCAAAUCUGCUCCGUCUGAGCUGUAACUAAAUAUGAAUACUGCAGUGGUAUGGAUGUAACAUGAAAUAAGUAGAAUGUGCUCCUAUGUAUAACCAAAUAUCAAUAACACUAGAUAAUCUUCUAAAUGUCUGCUUGCAAUCAACUCAUUAACAUACAUGUUAAUUACUUCAAGGACUUUGUGAUGCAAAACAUGAGUUGACUUUUGCUCCCUGCUCAUUAAGUCAAAGCAUCUCAAUUCACCAUCAGUUAUAGCACUAUGUUUGUAAAUGUUUACAUUUGAAUCUUUCACUGUGCUUUUCUUUUUGACUUUGGUACGGCUUUGAGUGACCGCUCGGUCAGAUUAAUUACUGUUUCUGUACAUUUUUCAAAUUGCACUGUAUUUUCUAACAUUUCUAACCUUAGACAUUCUUCUGUGAGGCUCCUUUAGUAUCAAAUCAUUCUAUUUAAAAUAGAAAUACAAAACGUGUGCACACUUCAUCAUUUUUAGGUACAAAUAGUUUUAAAAAAAAAGGCAAAA